AUGGCCGCCAGGGAUUUGGCAGUAGGAAUGGUCUUCUUAUUACAGACUACAUUUGGAAUCCUGGGGAAUUGCUUUCUUCUUUGCCAUUAUCUCUUCCUUUAUUUCACUGGGUGUAGGAUAAGGUCCACAGAUUUGAUUAUCAAGAACCUGAUUGUAGCCAACUUAUUGGUCCUGUUCUCUAGUGGAAUCCAUUAUACAUUGUCAUCUUUUGGGUGGUAUCAACUCUUCAGUGACUUUGGAUGCAGAUUUUUUCCCUAUGUUCGUGCAGUGGGCAGGGGGGUGUCCAUUGGGACCACCUGCCUCUUGAGUAUCUUCCAGGCCAUCAUCAUCAGCCCCAGGAACUCCAGGUGGGCAGAGAUUAAAGUGAUAGCUCUCAAGUACAUUGUCCCUUCAAUUUUCCUGUGCUGGAUCCUGCAAAUAUUGAUAAAUAUAAUUUAUCCUACAUUUAUGAGUAGCUACAGGAGCCACAAAAACAUCACAAACAGAAAAAGUUUUGGAUACUGUUCUGCUGUUCGUCAUGACGAAACCAGAGACUCAUUAUAUGCGGCAUUGCUAUCAUUCCCUGACCUUUUCUGUUUGGGACUCAUGUUUCUGGCCAGUGACACCAUAGUUUUCAUGUUGUGCAGGCACAAGCAGAGAGUGAAACACCUUCAUAAGACCAAUGUCUCCCUCAGAACCUCCCCUGAGUCCAGAGCUACCAAAACCGUCCUUCUCCUGGUGAGCACCUUUGUCUUUUUUAACACCCUUUCUUCCAUUUUUCAUGCACUUUUGGCUCUUUUUAAUAAUCCCAACUGGUUCCUCUUGAAUGCUGACUCAGUAAGCACUCUGUCUUUCCCAAGUCUCAGUCCCUUUCUGCUCAUGAGCCGUGAAUGCAGUGUAUCCAGGCUGUGCUUUGCCUGGAUAAAAAAUACAAAAUCUCCUAAUCAAAUGAGAAAUAUGUAA